AUCACUAAUCCUCAAAAUUUAAAAUUUCGAAGAAGAAUACUUUUUGAGAUAUUUAAUCUUUAAAUAAAUUAUAUUCCAUCAAAAUGGGCAGUACAAGUAACGCUAUAUUUCGAAACCUCAACGCCGAUGAUCCAGAUCCAGAAACCACCUGCAUCGAAAGCUACUGCGUGAAUUGCGGUGAAAAUGGUAUGACUCGUAUGCUGUUGACAAAGAUCCCAUUUUAUAAAGAUGUCAUCCUAAUGUCCUUCGAUUGCGAACACUGUGGUUACCAAAACAACGAAAUUCAAUCAGGAGGCAGAGUCGAAGAGAAAGGUGUUCGAAUUCGACUGAAAGUAGAAAACGCCGAAGAUCUGAAUCGUACUCUUGUGAAAUCCGAUCACACAUCGGUCAAAAUCCCCGAACUCGAUUUCGAAAUUCCUUCUGGAUCUCAGAAAGGAGAAGUAACUACGGUUGAAGGUGUAGUCGAUCGAGCUGUAGCUGGACUAAAACAAGACCAAGAAGCUCGUCUGAAAGAACAUCCAGAAAUAGCAGCUCAAAUCGAACAAUUCGUUGAAAAAUUAUCUCAAUUGAAAGAAGCCGGAACUCCGUUUACUAUGAUAAUCGAAGACAUCAGCGGUAACUGUUUCUUAUCGAAUCCUAAAGCACCCGAACGAGAUCCUCGUACUGAAACCAGUCUAUUUGUACGAAACAAAGAUCAAGAUCAUGCAUUAGGUAUAUACACUCGAGAAGAAUUAGACGAUGAACCAGUUGAAGAAAACACUGCGGGUGUAUUGACUGCACCGGAAGAGACCAUGACGUACGAGAGUCUACUAACUGAGGUGUUUCAGCUUCCUUCAAACUGUCCAUCUUGUAACGCACCUUGUACGGUUAAUAAUAAGCUAACGAAAAUACCAUAUUUUAAAGAAGUUUUGAUUAUGGCUACAAAUUGUGAUACUUGCGGAUACAGAUCGAACGAGGUUAAAUCUGGAACCGGUAUCGAAGAAAAAGGUGUCCGUUUAGAAGUAACUGUUACCGAUGCUGAAGAUUUUACCAGAGAUGUGCUCAAAUCGGAUACUUGUUCUUUAUUCAUUCCAGAAUUGGAAUUAGAAGUCGGUCCGGCAACUAUGGGCGGUCGUUUUACAACCGUUGAAGGGUUGCUUGUAAAUAUCAAAGAGCAAUUGGAUACUCAAGGUUCUAUGGCUAGUGAUAGUGCUGAUACAGAUACUGUAUCUAAAAUGAACGAGUUUUUGAAGAAAUUAGACGAUGUGAUAGCUUGCAAAGUACCAUUCACGUUGAUUUUAGAUGAUCCGGCUGGAAAUAGCUACGCUCAGAGUAAAACUCCGCCCGAACCGGAUGAUAAAUUGAAAAUUACUCAGUACGAGAGAACUGAUGAGCAGAAUGACGAUCUUGGUAUAAAUGAUAUGGUGUUAGAUAAUUAUUGAUCGUGUUAGGUUACGAAAUGUAUUUCAAUAUGUCAUCUUUUUACAAUCAUUUUGUACUUAUUUUGUUGAAUAGAUUUCAUAAUCGAAGUA